AGUCUGACAUGACAUCGCUCGUGGCUUACGGAUCUGACAGCGAAGGAGAAGACGAUGAUUUCUUUGGAAAACCGACAACAGAAAAAGAAGAAACGACGAAAAACGCGGAGAAAGAAAAAGAAGAAGAGAGCGAAAAAAUAGCGGAAUCUGAUGAAAAGCCAACAAUCUCUUCAUUUUUCUUCAGUGGUGACGAUGAUAAAGCAGGAUCAAGUGAUUCGGAUGAUUCUGAAGGCGAAUCAGUAGGACCUAAAAAGAAACGACGAUCUGGAGAAUCAGUUACAGAAUUGGACAAAGAAUUUACAAGUUCAAUAUUCGACAACGAUUAUGCCAGGGAAGAACGAAUGAAUGCCCGAAUGUUGAGUCGUCACGUGGAUCUGUCCGAUAAGCCAAGUGAAAAAGAAAGGAAAAAGUCAAAAUUCACUUGCAAAAAUUAUCUCAAAGGAAAAUGUCGAUUUGGUGACAAGUGCCGAUUUUCACAUCCAGUCCACAAUCGAUCUUCUGAUGCAGUCAAUGAGGUCUCAAUUUCUUCCGAAGCCAAAUUCUACACAACUGAAACGCCAGAAGCACAGGUAUUCCACUCGAAAAAAUUCAAGUCGAGUGCUGGACAGUAAAAUUAAAACGAAGAAGGAUAAAUAUAUUUACAUAUUUAUACGAUUAUAAUAAAUAAAUUCAAUUUUUCA